AUCACUAUACGCGGAAGAACUCGCUUAAACUUGCUUCAAUAUAUUUAAAAGGAAAAAUAAACAAAAUUAGUGAUCAUGAUAGCAAAUUUAACAAAAUAAAUGAUUUUUAUCGAAGAAGUGCAUAAUUGAUAGUUUGUCAAGACAAAAGACAAAAAACAAAAUCAGUUAAACCUAAACUACUUUCAUUACGCCUCGCCACCAAACAUCUAUAAAAACUUUUUGAAAUUCAGUUUGAAAAGUGGCGCGCGCGUUGUUGGAUGAUUAUGUGAUAUUUGUUUUAUAUUGUCUUUUUUAAUUAUCCUUCUCCUGUCCUCGUAAGUCGUAAGGUGAACCGGGCUUUCUGAGAUGGCGCACGGUUUCGUCGUGGUGGUACGGCGGACCGGUGCCGAGGGCUCGUCGUUCCCGCUAGUGACCGACUCGUGCAUCAUCGGCCGCCACUCGGACUGCGAUGUGCGCGUCCAGCUGCCCACCGUAUCCCGACACCACUGCCGCGUCGACGUCGGGCCAGACGGACAGGCAAGGCUAGCAACGCUGUCGAGCACCAACCCGCCGCUGGUGAACGGCGAGGUGGUGGAGCUGGACCAGCCGCGGCCGCUGCGCCACGGCGACCUGUUCACCGUGGGCGAGCGGACGUUCCGCUGGACGUACCCGGAGGGCUCGCCGCUGGAGCUGCCGGCCGCCGGCGCCGGCGAGCAGCUGCCGACUCCGACCCGACGCCGCAGCAGCGGCGCCCGACCGCGGCCCGCCGCCGCCGGCGAGAAGGAAAACGACCCGGGCAGCGGCAACGGCGACACGGCCGGCCAGGCGGCGCCCGGCUCCGCUGAAGGCGGGCGGCCUCUCAAACGAAUUCACUCGGAGGAGGUGCUCUCAGUGCUGGGCGCCAGCGAGGCCAAACGGAAGCGGGUCUCGUUCGGUCCGAUGCUGAGUCCGGAGCAGUUCAACCGGAAGCUGCCGCCGUCGACGCCGGUCAAGAAGGGCGGCCGCCUGUCGACUCACACUCCGCUGGUGCAGACGGUCAUCAUGGAGGAGUCGGACACCGUGGUACACACCCCGGUCAGAGGCCUCCUCAAGCGCAAACUGAGACGCUCGCAGUCAAAGUCGCCGAAGCCGUCCACUCCGGCCAAACGCCCGUCUCCGAAACAAAGUCCGAAGUCGGGGACCGCCACGCUGGGCGCGACGGUGAAUGCCACUCCCAAGAAGUCGUCACCGAAAACGUCCCCAAGGGAACCCGCUCAAAAGGGCACGUCCACUUUAACGUCGCCCCAGAGCACGCCCAAGUCCGGUAAAGGGGCAUCUCUUGCGAAGCCAUCUGCGUCGCCGCGCUCCAGCCCCAGGAUGGCGAGUACGGCCGAUGUCCUCUCGACCGCGUUGACGGUGGUCAACAAUAAAGACGUGCUUGUCACACCGAGUCCAAGGGGAGCUUCCCUUACCAGGCCUACUCCCAACAAGUCUCCGGUCCAGGAAACACCAACUCCGAAGAAGUCUCUGGUCCUGGCUACACCAACUCCGAAGAAGGGUGCUCUGGAGAAGUUAACUACUCCCAAGAGGGGCACUACUCCGAGGAAGGGUAUUACUCCGGGCAGGGGUAAUACUCUGAAAAAGGGAACUACUCCGAUAAAAGAUGCUACUCCGAAGAAGGGCAUUUCGCCUAAGACGGUCACUCCUAAAAAGACAGCGACUCCUAAGCUGUCCACUUCGAAGAAAGCUCUCACGCCUAAGACUGCCACUCCAAAGAAAGUAGUAGCCAGCCGUAAAACGCCCACUCCUAAGAAGGUGACAAGUGCAGCUAGUAUGCUUACUCCUAAAAGGCUAGCUAGCCCCAAAGCAGUUACUCCCAAGAGCUUGUGCGCCUCAGAAACGUCGCCUGCUUCUGUGGAGCGGCGUUCGGUGUCUUUGUUGGCGUCGAAAGUGACACCGCGCAGUCCGAAGGGGACGCUUUCCACGCCGAAAGCUGUCAAGACACCGAUGUCUGCAAAAGUACACACGCCUAAGAGCACGGUGUCUCCUGGGAAGACCCCCGCCAGUAAAACACAGACUCCUAAGAAGACUCCAGCUGCCUCAAGAAAGGCAGCGGAAAGUCCCAAGUCGGUUACCCCGAGAAAAGUUGCCAGUCCCAAAGCGGCUACUCGCAAGCGGGGCAGCACGCCAAUGAAGUCAAUGUCCAAGGAGACAGGCACUCCUAAGACACCAGGGUCGAUGCAGCGGCGCUCAGUGGCUGUCACGUCCUCGAAGGUUACGCCGCGCUCUGCUAAGGCAACACCGAUCACACCGAGAAGGAAGAGCGAAUCGACUUUGGUCGUUAAAAGCGGAAAGAAAACUUCGCGGGCCUCGAGUGGCCAGGCCGCGACUGCUGCUCAGACUCCUACCAUACGUAUCUCCAUGUCGAAAACGGCGCUAUCCAAGUCCGCGAAGCGAGCAUCCGCCACGCCUGCCGCCUCGACUGCGAAGAAACUUAAAGAUGUUACGAAGAAAACACCGGCAACACCUCGUCCGAACGCAAAGACACCAAAGACCGCGUCGAAAAGUACCCGUGGAAAGACGCCAAGCCGCAAGUUCAAGCUGACCUACGCGGAUAUGUUAAAGAAAAAUCUAAAGAACAAAUACAUGAAGCUCGCUAAGUCUGCUAAGAAGGCUCCGGCGAAAACCAAGAAACCGAAAGCUCUCAAAACACCCACGUUGAGUACGGAGGUUCCUGGCAGUUUCUCGUUUGGCUCUCCGACUACAGGCCACGCGCAGUCUCCGCCAACUUACGUACUGCACGGCAAGGCGGCACCCAAACGGGCGCUGUCCGCCAAGAAGCCGCGUACGCCCGCCGCACGGCCGGCCGCUAAGGCGACUAAGUCACCUGCUGCGCGGCGCUCGAAGGCAGAUAAGAGUCUAACGGCCGUCCGGUCGCCGCCGUCCCGCCGGUCUUCUGCCAGCUCCCGCAAGUCAAUGACGUCGACGACGAUGGAUAAAACCUUUGACAUGGAUUGCGUACAGACGCCCGACAUUUCGCAGGACAUGUUCGUGUCGCCGAUGGGAACGCCCCGGCGCCCGCUACUCACGCCCGGCAGGAUCGGAGCGAUGCUGUUGGAGCACGCAACACCGGACGCGCCUGGCCCGGACGAAGUUGAGUCGGUGACGCCCAAGCGUUCGGGCAGGAAAGCGGAUUAUACCAAUGUGUCUGGUGUCAAACAGAUGAUGAGAACACCGAAGUCUGCUGGAACAACGCCUAAGGCUGACUAUACCCAGGUUGCUGGCGUAAAGAAGCUGUUGAGAACUCCGAACGUUGUCGCUUCUCCUCAGGCAGACUAUACGGAUGUUGCGGGAGUCAAGGGCUUGAUGAAGACGCCGCGAGGGAAAGCUGCGACUCCAAGUGCCGACUACACAAGAGUUGAAGGCGUAAAGAAGUUGAUGAAGACACCGAGAGCCAGUGCCCGCACGCCUAAAGCUGACUAUUCACAGGUUGCUGGCGUGAAAAAGCUUUUGAAGACGCCAACAUCUGUGGCGUCUCCGCAGGCCGACUAUACGAAUGUCGCAGGUGUCAAGAAACUUCUCAGAACGCCAAGGUCUGCUCCAUCUCCGAAGGCCGACUACACGAAUGUCGCAGGUGUCAAGAGGCUUCUCAAGACUCCGAGGGCUGCUCCAUCUCCGAAGGCCGACUACACGAAUGUCGCAGGUGUCAAGAGUCUUCUCAAGACUCCGAGGGCUGCUCCAUCUCCGAAGGCCGAUUACACGAAUGUGGCAGGUGUCAAAAGGCUUCUCAAAACGCCGACGGCUGUCUCAUCUCCGAAGGCCGACUACACGAAUGUCGCAGGUGUCAAGAAACUUCUUAAAACGCCAACAUCCGUUUUAUCUCCGAAGGCCGACUACACGAAUGUCGCAGGUGUCAAAAGGCUUCUUAGAACACCGACGACUGUUUCGUCGCCUAAGGCAGACUACACGAAUGUCGCAGGCGUCAAGAGGCUUCUGAAAACGCCAAAGACUGUGUCCUCUCCGAAGGCCGACUACACGGAUGUAGCAGGGGUGAAGAAAUUGCUGAGGACACCACGCCGCGCUGGCCAACAUCUUGACGAUCUAACGAACGUUGAGGGCGUGCAGAGGCUGUUCAGUACGCCAGAGGUUGUGGGCGAUUCCCCAGCUGUCACUGAAAUGCCGUCACGAGGCAAAAAGCGGGCUGCUGGUGAGGCUUUGCCUGGUGAUCGUGACUCUGAAAAGGCAAGGUCUGAUACACAGGAGAAUCAUGAAGUCAGUGCAACAGAGACUCAAGCUUCAGCCCCUGCGAAACGUCUUCGUAAGUCAUCAACUUCAGUAGUCUCAGAGCCAGAAGUAGUCGCUGUUGAGCCAGCCCCGAAACGUGGUGGCCGGUCGCGGAAGGCGGUAACGUCUGAGCCAGAAGCUGUUGUGGAUGUGCCACCUCCGAAACGUGGUGGUCGAUCGCGAAAAGCGGCAACUUCUGAGCCAGAAGUGAUUGUUGAGGUGCCCACCCCGAAACGCGGUGGCCGCUCACAGACGGUUGUUGCGUCUGAGCCAGAAGUCACUGAUGCGCCAGCUCCGAAACGCGGCCGCUCUCAAAAGGCGGUCACGUCUGAGCCGGAAGUCGUUGCUGAGGGGCCAGCUCCGAAACGAAGUGGUCGAUCGCGAAAAACGGCUUUGUCUGAGCCAGAGGAUGUCGCUGAGGUUUUGGCCCCGAAACGUGGUAGUUCGCGAAAGGCGGCAACGUCUGAGCCAAAGGUCGCUGAAGUGCAAGCCCCGAAACGCGGUCGUUCACGAAAGGCAGCUUCUGAGCCAGAAGUCGUUGCUGAGGUGCCCACCCCGAAACGCGGUGGCCGCUCACAGAAGGUUGCGACUGAGCAAGAAGUCGUUGAAGUGUCAGCUCCGAAACGCGGCCGUUCGCGAAAGGCGGUUGCGUCUGAGCCUGAUGUCGCUGAAGUGCCAGCUCCGAGACGCGGUGGCCGCACACAAAAGGGGGUCGAGUCGGAGCCAGAGGUUGCUGAGUUGCCAGUCCCGAAGCGUGGUGGUCGAUCACGAAAGGCGGCAACGUCUGAGCCUGAGGUCGCUGAAGUGCCAGCUCCGAAACGCGGUGGGCGUUCUCAAAAGGUGGAUGCGUCGGAGCCAGAAGUGGCUGAGGCGCCAGCCCCGAAACGUGGUGGUCGAUCGCGAAAGGUGGUCGAAUCGGAGCCAGAGGUUGUCGCUGUGGUUCCGGCCCCGAAACGCGUUGGCCGCUCAAAGAAGGUGGUCGCAUCGGAGCCAGAAGUCGCUGAGGCGCCAGCCCCGAAACGUGGUGGUCGAUCGCGAAAGGUGGUCGAGUCGGAGCCAGAGGUUGUCGCUGUGGUUCCGGCCCCGAAACGUGGCGACCGCUCAAAGAAGGUGGUUGUGUCCGAGCCAGAAGAAGUUGUUGAAGUGCUAGCUCCGAAACGCGGCCGCUCGCGAAAGACCUCUGAGCCGGAAGUAGCUGCUGAGGUUCCGGCCCCGAAACGUGGCCGUUCGCGAAAGGCAGUUUCUGAAUCAGAAGAAGUUGCUGAGGUACCAGCCCCUAAACGCGGUGGCCGUUCACAGAAGGUGGUUGCGUCGGAGCCAGAAGUGACCGAGGUGCCAGCUCCGAAACGUGGUGGCCGGUCUCGAAAGGCGGUCGCCUCUGAGGAGGCAGAUGUCACUGAUGAGGUGCCAGCCUCGGAACGUGGCGGCCGGUCGCGAAGAGUGGCCAGCACUGAACCCAGCGUACCUGCCGAUGUGCCGACCACUAAACGUGGUGGUCGGGCGCAGAAAGCGACUCCGUCUGCUGCUGCCUCCGAGCAGCCUUCCACUGCGCCAAGAGGCAGCCGGAAGCGCGCUGCUGCCGAGCCACCGACUGCCGUCAGCCCGCCAAAACGACGGGCUACACGUUCUAAACGUUAGAAUUCGUACUUCUAUUCAACGGCAAAGACUUCAAGCAGACCAACCGCAACACCAAAAUGAAGGACACAGACGCGGCCAUCUUUAGUGUGUUAGUGUCUGCGUAAUUCGUAUGAGUUAUUCCACAUGGCUCGGCAUUGUACAUAGUUCAUUGUUUCUACUGAAGUCUGAGACUUAGACUUAUUAGUAUGGGUAGUCCAUGGUUUAAGCAAAUUACUUGUUAGUUUACCUGAAACGACGAUCGCGCUAGGCGACACGACAUUUUACGAACGAUUGUGGAUUGUUUCCGGUGCACGAUGAGCUGCCGUGUCAAGUACAACCAGCGCAGUCUGGGCGUCCAGCCCGGCUGCGCCAGUAUGUGAGUGGGCGCCGCCUGGCGACCGCUGCUCGCACGUGUGCUGAUGGGACCAUGGGGUGUGUGGUGUCGCAUUCGGCGGGCGAACGGUAUGUGCGAUGAUGCCAGACAUUCGAUGUUCGUGUGUGUGUGUGUGUGUGCUAGAAAUGCUCGUCUUACAGAAGUACGCUAUCCUGUCAAUCACCCUCCGGUACGGAUGAAUGCUUACUGGUUUAAUACAUGCCAAAAAUGUCA